AUGGAGGCAUUCCAGAAGGAUCUGCUAGUCAAGCCCAAAACGCAUCACGUCGAAGAGCAGUUCAAGAUUGGACACCAGUGCAUACCAGUUUAUCUACUCUCUACUCCCUCAGAAACUAGAGAGCAACUUUUAAAACUACAAGAGAAGUUGACCAAUGUGCACAAUGAUAAUGCGGUACAGCAUUUCCAAGUUUACAAAGUUUGCAUCCAGAAUCCACGAAAGGAGAAGACUGCACACGAUGCCGCCAAGCAGAUGCAGACUGGCGAAGGCCAGGCCCAGUUGACCAUAAACACCAGAUACAGGCGGGAGGCAAAGGAUCUGGAGAGGCGUCAUGUGCCCAGGUCAACCGGUGGCGGUGAAGCUGGGGUGCCACGUGGAGAUCAAUUCCGACAGCAGGCAGAGAAACUAAUGAAAGAAACUCCUCUUAUAGAUGGACACAACGACCUCCCAUGGCAACUUCUCCGACGUUACCACAACCAACUAAGUAAAGUGGAUCUGAACAAGCUAGAUGGAACCCACACCAACAUCCCCAAGCUGAAAGCUGGUCUUAUAGGAGGACAGUUUUGGUCAGCAUUUGCACCAUGUGACACCCAGUACAAGGAUACUGUGAGGCAAACCCUGGAGCAGAUUGAUGUCAUUCACAGAAUGUGUCAGAUGUAUCCUGAAACUUUCCAGUGUGUAGGCUCAAGCAAAGGGAUAAAUAAAACUUUCAAAAAUGGUAAAGUGGCCAGCUUAAUUGGUGUAGAGGGCGGACACUCCAUUGACAGCAGCAUGGCUACAUUACGCCUUUUCUAUCAGCUAGGCGUUCGGUACAUGACUCUCACACACAGCUGUAAUACACCAUGGGCUGAUAACUGGCUUGUGGACACUGGAAAAGACCCACUUGAGAGCAAUGGAUUAUCUGAAUAUGGGAAGAAAAUUAUCCGAGAGAUGAACCGCCUGGGAAUGAUCAUCGAUUUAGCGCACACAUCUGUCAAGACAAUGAAGGAUGUGCUGCAGCUCUCAAGGGCUCCCGUGAUAUUUAGUCACUCAUCUGCCUAUGCCCUAUGUAACAAUAAGCGUAAUGUGCCAGAUGAAAUUCUGAAGAAAGUGAGUGAGAAGGGAGGUAUCGUGAUGGUGAACUUUUACAAUUGGUACGUUACCUGCAGUUCUACAGCUAAUCUUUCAAAUGUGGCAGAUCAUUUUGACUACAUCAAAAAGAUUGCUGGUUACCAGACUGUAGGAUUUGGUGGAGAUUAUGAUGGUGUUUCCAGUGUCCCUGCAGGUUUGGAUGAUGUGUCGUUCUAUCCAGAUUUAGUAGCUGAGCUACUGAAGAGAAGCUGGACUGAUAGGGAAGUGAAAGCAGCUCUUGGAGAAAACUUUCUACGUGUCUUUGAGCAAGUGGAACAGGUUAAGUCCAACUCUUCUGGCGAUGAUGAGCCUAUUCCUUAUGAGCAGGUUAAGAAUCAAUGCAGAACUAGCUAUGGAUAUCAGAAUCAAAACAAUAAUGGAGCCCCACUGGAGUUAUUGCCUACAGUUGUCACAUUAGUUUAUCUAGCACACUAUUUAUUAGUGUAA